AGAGCUCGGCUGUUAUGACAACUCGUUUCAACAGCCGUUAGAUCUCCUCAAUUGUUUACAGAGACAACAAGAGAAGUGUAUUAAGAAAGGGAAGGGGAAACAAUACCUUUCAGAAAUGUGAGUGAGUGUUGGACCGAAAGAGGCAAACUCCAGCCAGCAGGCUCCCCUCCAGCUAAUACUCUGCAAAGCUGCAGGUAACAGCCCUUGCUUCCCCUACCCAAACCGGUUAUAGUCCGGAAAUCAGCCCCCACAAUGCCACCUCUAGUGUGCACCUGCAAAAGAAGACAAAAUUCAUGAAUGAAUCAGAGUACAAGGCAGCACAAAACACCAAAAUCAGUUAAAGGAUGCUGCAAGGUCAGCCAACACUCAACCUCUUGCAGCUUUCAGUUACACCCCAGCUAUAAGUAUAGAUCAGCCUCGGCCUCUUCCUCCCCAUUUAUCACAAAGCAACAUCCAAUUAAAGAAAGAGAGGAGCCGAGGAAGGGGGAGGAGGCGAGGGUGAAACAAGAGCAAAGACAAGGACUAGCAGCACAAGUUCAGUGGAGGGACGUCGUCGCUCGACGAGUAAAUCUCAAGUCAGACAGUACCCGUUUGAAAAGGUUAAGCAAACGAGGCUUCAAGGAGGAAAUUGGUGGGCUUACAGAGAGCACUCGUUGUCCAGAAUUUGGAGUGGUACAAGAUGCUGAUCGCCUUGAUGCAAUUGGCGCAAUAGGAAUUGCUCGUUGCUUUACGUUUGGGGGAAGCAGGAAUAGGGUGCUCCAUGAUCCCCAGAUAAAACCUCGAUCUGAUCUGUCCAAGGAAAAUUAUAUGAAUAAAGACGAGCAGACAACAGUGAACCAUUUUCACGAGAAGCUUCUCAAAUUGAAGACACUGAUGAAAACUAAGGCUGGACAGAGAAGGGCGGAAAAAAGGCACAAGUUCAUGGAGGAGUUCUUGGAAGAGUUUUACGAAGAAUGGGACGGGAGAGCCUGAAACCUCUGUAUUUUCAUCAUAAUUUGCUCUCCGAUAUGAUUCUGUUACUGAAAAUGCUGAUUUGGUUGUGAAUUUGCAAUGAAUUUGUGAGUUGUAAAAGAGGGUGGGGUGGGGCUUCAUUCAUUAUUGAACCAACAAUAUUAACUAACUCAAUUGCACACACAAUCAGCUAUGUUGGUGUUUUUUGUAAGUUGGAUAUUUGUCUGUCACACACCCGCAAUAAUAAAAGAGCUGUCCCAAAUUCUUGUGAUA